GUAUAUAGUAGUUUGUUGGACAACGCAGCGCAGGUGAACUCAUUUUGAGAAAUACCACUCGGAAUACAAUUUAUAUCGGUGAACAAGCAUCACCAAGAAUAAGAUGGAGACCACAGGUUUGUGAGAUGGAUAUUACAUCGAGGAUCUGAAUUCUAUCCUGACAUUGAAGAAUUUUUUCAUUUGAACUUGAAAAUAACGGAAGUCAAGAUGUUUAAGAAACUAAAGAGACAGAAUAAAGACAAGGAGUUUGAAUGGACCAAGAAUGAUGAUAAGGUUAUGCAUGCAAUUGAGGUUGGUGAUAUAGAGAAGCUUCAAAUAACUCUAGCCAAGAAAGGAACAUCACCAACUAAACUAGAUGGAGAGGGAAGAACACCGUUACAUGUGGCAGCUCAGAAGGGACAGUAUCCCUGCUUGGAAGUCUUGCUUCAGCUUGGGGCUAAUCCAAGGGCAUCUGACGGCCAAGGUUGCACUGCAUUACACUGUGCUUCCAAAGGAGGUCAUUUAAACUCCAUGCACAGGCUGAUAAAGGCUGGGGUACCCAUCAAUGCACAGGAUUUCAAUGGAAAGACAGCUCUACAUUUCUCAGCUGGGAAUGGUCACAUAGAAAGUACCAUCUUGCUACUACAAUGUGGAGCUUCUAUUGAUAUUGCAGAUGAAUAUGGAAAGACUCCAUUAAUGGUUGCAGCUUCAUCAGGCCAUACUGGUGUGUGUAAAGACCUCAUUGAUAGGAGAGCUGAUGUUAACAGCCAAGAUCAUAUACAGAAGACACCUUUGAUGUCGGCAUGUGAGAAUGGCCACAGAGAUACUGUAGAGCUACUUAUCAAGAGAGGAGCCAGAGCAGAUCUAUGUGAUGCCCAGGGGUAUGAUGCUAAGUAUUAUGCUGAAGGUAGUGGACAAGACAAUGUGGCUGAACUCCUAGAGACUGCUCCAUCCGUAGCUACAUGGGAUGUUCGUAACGAGGAAGAGGAAGCUUAUGAUGAAGUAGCCCCAGAUGCAGUGGAUUACAUAGAUGCGUUUGAUGUGAAUAAUGAUAGAGCAGACUCACCUCCUCCAAAUAAAAACCAUCAGAACAAUAUUGAAGCUGAUUUCCCAACACCAAGUAGAGCAGUUAGCAUGCCAGCUCUGACUGACAAGCAAUCAGAUGAUUUGAAGGAAUUAGAGGAAGAGAAUGACUUUUUGAAUGAAGAACUGUCUAAGGUCAAUGUAGCUCACAAGAAAGCUCUUGAAAUGAUUCGCUCGCUUGAAAGCAAAGUUAAUGAUAUAAAGCAGGUAGAGAGUCUGAAAGAGAAACUAGAAAGUGAGGAGAUGAAAAGGAAAGAGCAAGAGAAACAGAUCAAGGACCUGGAGAAUAAACUAACUUCCAUGAAGCUGAAAGUGAGCAAAGAUUCAUUUGAAGAAGACGAAGAUGAGACAAAUUCUGUUGGUAGUUGGGGUGACAGUGAAGAUGACCUCUUUGAUCUACCUGGAACCCAGAAAACGCCUAGGACACCAUUGAAUCUGUCUUUAGAUAUCAAUUCCUCCAAGCAAAAGUCAGACGUCCAGCUACUAAAGACAGAGAUUGAGGAGCUUCGCAAAGAAAAUGAAAAUCUUAAAAAUCAAUUAGAGUCUGGUGAGGUAACCCCAGCUGGUACUGUAUCACGAGCAGAGUUUGAGAGAUUGCGUCUUUCAUCCAAUGGUAGGAUAGCAGACCUUGAAGAGGAGCUUGCUAGUUUGAAGGAGGAGCUAGAGGAGUCUGACCGAGGUAACAUGGUCCCAUACGAGGAGUAUCAGGAGCUGAAGGAAGCCAAUGAAGAGGAACUUAGUGUUGUUAAGCUGGAGAACAUCAUCUUGAAGGAUGAGAUUGGAAAUGUCUCUCAGAGACUUGCAGAAAUGACUGAUAAGAAAGAGCGCCUUCAAGAACAAGUGAUGGAGCAGCAGGAGCUACAGCUAAGACCAGUCAGUAGUUCAUCAGCUGACUUCAGAUACAACGAGCUUGUCCAGGAGAAACUAGAGAUGGAGGAAAUCAUUAGCAAACAUUCUGAAGUCCUAGCCAAGCAAGCUGAUGAAAUGGAAGCGUACAAGAAAGAGAUCAAUGAUUUGAAGAUGGAGAAGGAAGAAAUGGAAAUGAAAUUAGGAGAAAGCAGUGGGAGCAGAGAGGAAAUGAAUGCCUUGAAGAAGGAGAAUGAUAGACUCCAGGGUAUGAUCACUAAACAGUCUAAAGCCAUAGCACAACAAACAGAUAGGAUGCGCAAGGAUAAGAUCAAAUACAGUGAGGUAGUGGCUGAGCGAGAUGGAUUGAUUAAAGAGAUGCAGGCAUCUCAGAAGACAGGUAGCCAUGGAGAUGGGGAGUUGGAGGAGAGACGGGAACUGGAAGCAGAAAACAGGAGACUGAUGGAGAGGGUGGGUUUGCUGGAGAGACAGUUAGAACAUGAUGAGGAGGAAAGGACAAAAAUAGAAGAGUUAACAGGAGAAAAUUGGAGAUUGCAGGAUACAUUGAGGAAAGCUGAGGAUGAGAUGCUUGUUAAGAGUGUGCAGCUUUCAAAGCUUCUUGCCUCUAAAACCACCGGACACCAAGGACUGGAGGAGGAGAAUAGACAACUGAAAAAACGGAACAAAGAAAUUGAGAUUGAACUCUCAAAUCGGCGGGACGGGGAGGCUCAAUAUUCCCAGAUCCUUGCAGAGAAUCUCUCUUUGAAAACUAGAUUAAGUCAGCUUGGUGAUGGUGGUCUUCAGAAUGGUGACCAAGAUUGGAAGCAUUCGUCGGAGGUCUUCACUGAGAAUAGAAAACUGAAAGAAACCAUCAAGAAGAUGGAGGGAAUGCAUGAUGGACUGAUGAAUGGGAUGGAUGGAGGAGGAGGAAAAGCAAACCUUAAAGAAGUAACAAGGUUAAAACAACAGAUAGGUGAAAUGGAUGCCAGGCAUAAAGAUACAGUCAAUAUCUACAGAGCACAUCUACUCAGUGCUGUACGGGAUGAGAUCAGUCCAGACGUUAAGGAAGCACUUCAGCAAAUUGUUAAACUUCGCAACGAAACACCUGUCACAUGACACCAUUCUAUUAUGCAAAUGAGGAUCUUCAAUCCCUGCUGUGGUUUAUGAUACAAACCGGUUUAGCAGAAUGGAUGGUUUCAUCCAGAGUGUGGCUUAAAUCUUUGACUUUCUGCUACUUUGAAUGGAUCCAAACAAUUUGAGAAGAUCCGAGUCUGGAUGGAGUAUGAGUGGGACAGAUUGACUGAAAAUAUUCCAAAUACCCACAAACUGUAUGGGCAAAUUAUGGAAUUAAAAUUAAAAGUAAGGUGCUUAUCUGAUCGUUUAGUAGUCUUUUUAUUGAAAGACAUCUGAUGAUCAGGAAAAUUCUAUGAUAUUUUCAAGACUAUUAAUCGUGAUAUAUAUACAUGAUGUUAAUUCCUUUGUUAGUUGUAAUUGAUUAAAUGUAUUCAUCUUGCCAUUUCAAAAAUAAUUUGCACAAUAUUUAAUCCUUGGGCGAUGCCAGAUAAAGUAUUUCUGUCCUUUCCCUAUUAAUAUGUGGUAACUUCCUGAAGUGAUGUUUUUCCAGUUUUGUGUUUUAUAUGAAAAGAUGUACUGCUUUUAAAUUAUGAUGGCUUGAGCAGUUCAUGCGGUGAAGUAAUAUUGGAGAAAAGUGGUGGAAAAUAUUUUUAAAAAGUUUACUUUUUUAAAAGAAAUUGCUACAUAUAUGUCAUGACAUAGUUAUGUAAUGCUGAUUAAUAUUGAUACAGCUAUAAUGUUUCAUUGAGUGUUAUGUGACUUAUCAAGACACCAAUUUUGUGAAGAAAUUUGUAAUCCCACCAUAAUUUAUGUGCACGUUAUGCAAACUUACAAAUGCAAAUAGACAGGUUUUUACUCAGGAAAUAUUGGGAUAGAGUUAAUUCACUUACAGUUACCUCAUGGCGAGUGUACAUUUUUAAAUAUUUAUGAUAAUUUAAAGAAGUUACAUCGUAUUGCAGUAUACUGUAUGCAUUACGGUACAGUUUUUAGUGACUCUAUUUGAAAUUACUGUCGGUUUAGAGCCCAUAUGUAGAAAGUGUCGCAUAAAUCAUUUAAUUAAUUAUCACCCUUCAUCUCUGUCAAUAUAUUUCGGUUAAGUUUUUUUUCAAACUUAAAGGUAUUUCAAUACAUUCGUUUGGGGAGAUAAGUCAAGGGGUCUGUAUUAAAGUUACAUCAAUUAUGCAUAAACAGCUGUAAACUUGUUUUUAUGAUUUAUAUACAUAAUGAAAUUAUGGUUUUGAAAGUUAUAGUUAUUCCAUAGAUGAGAAUACAAACCUGUCUAUAUUCACAAUGUUUUUUUAAUAAAUACCUUGAUACCUUGAUUACUCAUACAGUUUUCAUAUCAAAUUGUUAUGUAUGUUCUGUAAUUAUGAUUGAUAUCCAUUCCACUUGUCCUCUUCUUAUUAAUCACAUUCAAAUUAUCAAUUCAUCUUAUUUCCAUAUUUAGACCAAAUAUGGUUUCCCAGUAUUCAACAUUGUUAUUCCUCCUGGCAAAAGCAGAUUUGGAGUAUUUUGAUUUUCGUAUUCAUUCUUCAAAUAACAUUAUUUUACUUUAUAUAGUGAGAUUCUCCUUGCAUGCAAACUCUUUAUACUCAAAUCUCAAUAUUAUAAAUCAACAACCAAUCUUGGUUAUUUUUAUUUUUUGUCUUUAUUAAGAGUAUAUUUUUUCAUUAUUUUGAAGUAUGAUGCCAAAAGUGUAAAUCUGGGGCCCAUAACACAAAGCUUAGCAACGAUCGUAGAACAUUUUUCUACAAUUGAUUCCAUUGACUACAAUGUACAAUCGAUCGUGAAAAUCAAUACGAUCAAUCGCUAACCUUUGUGUUACGGGACCCUGGCAUGCUAUUUGAGAUUGAUUGAAUACAAUGAAAUAGUAUUCAAUGCAGUAUUCUCAUCAAAUAGAAAAUGCUCUCAUUUGGGAUUUUUUUUCUUUACUCUUAUUUAUUUGUUGUAAAUCUCACCUGUUUAAAAAACAAUGAAGCACAAUCAUUUAUUGCAGAUUUGUUUUUUUUUCACAUGUUUAAGUGUGAUAUAACCCAGUCUUGCCAAUGUUUGAACAAUUCUCAGCAUUUGGUUUCCUUAGUGUGAUUAAAUUCUUGAUUUAUUUCUUAUUUUACCGAGAGUUUGUUUCACCUUCAUGGUUAAGCAAACAUGUAUUGAAUACCAAGUGACAGAUGAGAUGAUUUUUUCCUGCUAGAUUAACUAUUUUUGUUAACAAUAUGUGUGUUAAUGUACAAAUUUUUUUUUUCCAAUCACAACUGAUGCAAUUUGAUAUAUAUUAAGAAUCACCUUCAUGUUUGCACAGCAAGUUCUAGUUGUUGGUAAAAUCAUCUGUAAGGUUACAAAUAACUUCGUGAAACACACCUUAGGAAUGUGACUCAAUGGUCAUUCAAUCAAUUACAUAUUUACAAUCCUGCACACCCACUAUUGACCAAACUAUUCUGAUUGCUCAUUAGUGGGUUUGCAGGUAACAAUGAUCUUAAUCAGCAUUCUUUGCGUUAAUCAUAAACGUAGGCUUGUGUCUAAUAGAUUUAUAGCUUUUUAUUUUGAUUGUUUUGUGACCCAAACAUGGAAUAGUGCAGCGCUUCUCAAACGAAGGGCCGUGGCCGCGAAGCUCUCUCAGGUGGGCUUCGAAAAGCUGCAGAGGAAGAAAAAAAUUGGUGAAAAACUAUAGUGUGUUUCACAGACCCAUCCAAACAUGGUAUGUCUGAUCAGUCUACGUGGGUCAAAUGAAACUAAAGAAUGCUUAGAUAUUGUGCAUGUUGCAAAGCAUGCACAUGCACACUAUGAUGGUUUCGAUCUAACUUUGAUGUGAACCUCAUGGGCAUGCAUAUUGUGAUUACCGGAAAAAUGGGAAUGCAGAUUAGUUCUCAAACUCUUAGUUUCCAAUGUGCUUCAGAACUUUGUGUUCAAAUUUCACGAAACAUUUUUUUCAUCCAAGUGGACGUUUUCUUAAAAUUUUGGUAGGUGGGCCAUGAAAAAAAAUCUGAGAGUCAAAGUGGUCCUCGAGUAAAAAAAAUGGUUGAGAAGUGCUGGAAUAGUGUAUGUGCUGCGCUUUGUAACCGAAAGGUAAAGUCACUAUAUCAUAUGACUAUUGGAUGGGAUUAUAUGAUCUCUUCAUGUCUUCCAAAGUUGGUUGAUGACUAGAUAUAUAUAGAGGACUUGUGUGUAAAUACUGUACAUGUACUAUAUACAUGGACGAGGAGUAUUGUGAAACUAUAAGAAUUAUUUAAUAUGGUGAAUAGUAUCUCUAUGUACUUUGGUAUUUAAAUAGCUUUAAAUAUAUGACAAUGCCUGGUACGUAGCUUAGAAAAGUUGAGGGAGAAAGGGAGAGAGUAAGAUAAAGAGAGAGAGAGAGAGAGAGAGUGACAGAGAUAGUAGUAGUAGUAGUAGUCGUAGUAGUAGUAGUAGUGGUAAUAGUAGUAGUAGUAGUAGUAGUAGUAGUAGUGGUAGUGGUAGUGGUAGUGGUAGUGGUAGUAGUAGUAGUAGUAGUAGUAGUAGUAGUCGUAGUAGUAGUAGUAGUGGUAGUGGUAGUGGUAAGUAGUAAUAGUAGUCAGUAGUAGUUAGUAGUAGUAGUAGUAGUAGUAGUAGUAGUAGUAGUAGUAGUAGUAGUAGUAGUAGAGAGUGAUAUCAAUUCUUUCCGAUAAAUCAUUCCAGAUAUUCUAUUAUAGUAAAAAAGUAAUAAGAAUGUAUAAGUUCAGCAGUUUAAAAACACACUUUUUUUUCGAGGAGUGCAUCUCUUGAAUUGUCUCAUUACUUUGAGUAGCAGUCUGUCUACUACUUGUUAUUCUUUAUCCAUUCGACUUGAAAUCCUCAAUAUGUAUCGAGUGAUCUGUUAUUCAAACAGACUUUAUUGAUGAUCAAGUAUCAACUGAGACACCCCUUUAUUCUAUUAAUAAAUAACAAAAUGGUGUCCCACUGCAUUACUCUAAGUUGGGCUCUGUGUCACAAAGUUCAGCAUUUGAUCAAAGAACAAAAUUUUAUAAUGGAUUGCAUUGAUCGUAAUGCACAAUCAAUUGAGAAAAUAAGUUGUACAAUCUAUCACUAUGUUUGUGAUAAAGUACCCAGAUAUGUACAGGUUCUGCCACAAUGGGAUAAAGGAUAACAGACAGUGUAUGCUUGCCCCUACUCAUUCUGGUAAGACAAGAAAGAUACAUCAUGUACCGUCAAAUCUCUACAUCUCUACCUUUUAUUCAUUAUCCAUCUUAGUAACUAUCAGGGCCCCAUCUUACAAAGAGUUAUGAUGGAUCCGAUCAAUCUCAAAUAUAUGGAAAUCCAUCAUUGUCAUGAUUUUUCCUUUAGCAUGUUUAGGAAAUUUGCUCAAUUUCCAUUAAAAACUAAGAGAAGCAUACUGAUUUGUCAAGAAAAAGGUGAAUGUAUGAAUGUACAUCAUUUCUAGAAAAUAUUUUAAACAAACAUGUAUUCUAGAUGCUGAAAUUGCUGGCUUGCCAUAGUUGCGAUUGAUUGGAUCAAGCGCAACUCCCUGUAAGACGGGACCCAGAAGUUAAAUUACUUAUAAUAAAUAAAGUGAACAUAUUUCAUAUUUUAUCAAGGGGUGUAGUGACAUGACAUGUGCUCCUGCGAUGAUUGCUUAGGGCUUUAGUUUGUCUUAGAUGUUGGAUUAAGAUUAUGAUUGCAAUAUGGGUUUGUGUUAGUAUACAGUAUAGUGCUAAAUCCAGGGUUGGAGUCAGUCAUUUGGUUAGUGUGUGGAAUAUAUUAGCGUAGGAACUGUCACGGCUGGAACAAAUGUCAUGGAACCUAUCGAGGUGAUUUGAUGAGCUAAAUUAGAUCAUGUCAUGUAAAUUGUAUCAGCACUGUGUGUUUGUAAAAAAAAACCAAUGAAACCCCAGAUUAAACCUUGUACGUGUAGAUAUGUCCAGGUAUUUUCUUUCUGAAGUCACUAAGAUAACUGUUAUUUCAAAAAGAAUCUUAUUAUCUAUUGUCUAUAUUUAUUUUGUAACCAUAUUCUGAAAUGUUGAUCAUAUCUCUUUUAUUGUCCAAGAGACUUUAUAAAUGGAUUAACUUAAUACUAAA